GUGGUCAGUUUGGAGGGAGUCUCUCGUCUGCGUCUGCGCCGCUGCUGCACCUGCACCCACCACCACCACCACCUCCUCCUCCUCGGCGAAACGAUCCAUUCUCCAUGCCUUGGAUUUCUUCGAUUUUGGGCUUCCUGCAGUAAGGUACUAGGUAGUAGUACGGUGGGUGGAUGGCGUCGUCGUCGGCGUCGGGGGGCGGGCGGAGGGUGGGGCCCGACACUCCGGCGUCGGGGCGGCGGAUCCUCCGCACGCAGACGGCGGGCAAUCUCGGGGAGUCCAUCUUCGACAGUGAGGUGGUGCCGUCGUCGCUGGUGGAGAUCGCGCCCAUCCUCCGUGUGGCGAACGAGGUGGAGGGCAGCAACCCGCGCGUGGCCUACCUGUGCCGCUUCUAUGCCUUCGAGAAGGCUCACCGCCUGGACCCGACCUCCAGCGGCCGUGGCGUCCGGCAGUUCAAGACGGCGCUGCUGCAGAGGCUGGAGAGGGAGAACGAUCCCACGCUCAAGGGGAGGGUGAAGCAGAGCGACGCCCGCGAGAUGCAGAGCUUCUACCAGCACUACUACAAGAAGUACAUCCAGGCGCUUCAGAACGCUGCCGACAAAGCCGACCGUGCUCAACUCACAAAAGCAUACCAAACUGCUGCCGUCCUGUUUGAGGUCCUAAAAGCCGUCAAUGUUUCACAGAAAAUUGAAGUUGAUCAAGCGAUUUUGGAGACACACAACCAAGUCGAGGAAAAGAAAAAGCUUUAUCUCCCUUACAACAUCCUCCCCCUUGACCCUGACAGCGCCAAUCAAGCUAUUAUGCGAUAUCCCGAGAUUCAAGCUGCUUUUCACGCUCUUCGUAAUACCAGAGGACUACCAUGGCCCAAGGAUCAUGAAAAGAAGUCUGAUGCUGAUCUUCUUGUUUGGCUUCAGGCAAUGUUUGGAUUUCAGAAAGAUAAUGUAUCUAACCAAAGGGAGCACCUCAUACUCUUGCUUGCCAAUGUCCACAUAAGGCAGAUUCCCAAGCCUGACCAACAACCAAAGUUGGAUGACCGUGCGCUGGACACAGUCAUGAAGAAGCUAUUUAAGAACUACAAGAGAUGGUGCAAAUACCUUGGCCGCAAAAGCAGCUUAUGGCUGCCAACUAUUCAACAGGAAGUGCAGCAGCGCAAGCUCCUCUAUAUGGGCCUUUAUCUUCUCAUCUGGGGUGAGGCGGCUAACCUGAGAUUUAUGCCGGAAUGCCUAUGCUACAUCUACCAUCAUAUGGCUUUUGAACUAUAUGGUAUGUUGGCUGGAAAUGUGAGUCCAACAACAGGUGAAAAUGUUAAACCAGCAUAUGGUGGUGAUGAAGAAGCCUUCUUGAAGAAAGUCGUGACUCCAAUAUACAAAGUUAUUGAGAAGGAAGCUGAAAAGGAAGCUGAAAGGAGCAAGACAACAAAAUCUAAGCACUCACAUUGGAGAAAUUAUGAUGAUCUAAACGAGUACUUUUGGUCAAGAGAUUGUUUCAGAUUAGGAUGGCCUAUGAGAUCUGACGCAGAUUUUUUUAAGACCCCCGAAGAUCAUUCUUUUCGCGGUGAAGUAAAUGGAGAGAACAGACCAGCUGGUAGUGGCCAGUGGAUGGGAAAAGUCAAUUUUGUUGAGAUAAGGUCAUUUUGGCACAUCUUCCGCAGCUUUGAUAGGAUGUGGAGCUUCUUAAUUUUAUCUUUACAGGCCAUGAUUAUAAUUGCUUGGAAUGGUGGUACACCAAGUGAUAUCUUCGAUGCAGGAGUAUUUAAACAGGUCUUGAGCAUAUUCAUAACAGCUGCAAUACUGAAAUUAGGUCAAGCCAUUCUUGACAUCAUCUUGAGCUGGAAAGCAAGAAGAAGCAUGUCUCUUGCUGGCAAGCUGCGCUACAUAUUGAAGUUGAUAUCAGCUGCUGCAUGGGUUGUAAUUUUACCAGUAACUUAUGCAUACACCUGGGAGAAUCCUACUGGUCUUGCUAGAACAAUUAAAAGUUGGCUCGGUGAUGGUCAGAAGCAGCCAUCAUUAUACAUCUUGGCUGUUGUGAUAUAUUUAGCACCAAACAUGCUGUCGGCUGUGUUAUUUCUUUUCCCAGUCCUUAGAAGAGCUCUCGAGCGAUCAAAUCUUAAAGUUGUAACAUUCAUGAUGUGGUGGUCACAGCCUCGCUUGUUUGUUGGUAGAGGAAUGCAUGAAGGAGCAUUCUCCCUUUUCAAGUACACAAUGUUCUGGGUCCUUCUUUUAGCAACAAAAUUGAUAGUAAGCUACUAUGUGGAGAUCAAGCCACUUGUGCGACCAACGAAAGAUAUAAUGAAGGAGCCAAUUCGGACGUUUCAAUGGCAUGAGUUUUUCCCACACGGAAAUAACAAUAUUGGUAUUGUAAUCGCACUAUGGGCUCCUAUCAUUCUUGUAUAUUUCAUGGAUACCCAGAUUUGGUAUGCCAUUUUCUCAACAUUAAUUGGUGGUAUAUAUGGGGCAUGCCGCCGUCUUGGUGAGAUACGCACUUUAGGAAUGUUAAGAUCUCGCUUUGAGUCUUUGCCUAAGGCAUUCAACCAGCGCUUGAUUCCAUCUGAUUCAAACAAGAGGACAGGAUUCCGGGCUGCUUUCUCCAGUAAACCUACUAAGACACCAGAGGAUAGCAAAGAAGAAGAAAAAAUAGCAGCACGAUUUGCUCAGAUUUGGAAUCUAAUUAUCACAAGCUUUCGUGAGGAAGAUCUGAUAGAUAACAGGGAGAAGGAUCUGUUACUUGUGCCAUACUGCAAGGACCGUGACAUGGAUAUAAUCCAGUGGCCACCAUUCCUGCUUGCUAGUAAGAUCCCAAUAGCGUUGGAUAUGGCUGCAGAUAGUGGAGGAAAAGAUCGUGAUCUUAUGAAGAGGAUGAAAUCUGACCCAUAUUUUACUUAUGCUAUCAAGGAAUGUUAUGCUUCAUUCAAAAACAUCAUAUAUACUUUAGUGGUUGGUACAAAAGAGAGAGAUGUCAUACAGAAGAUUUUUACAGUGGUUGACGAGCAUAUAGCACAAGGCACUUUAAUAAAGGAGCUGAACAUGAGUAACCUCCCUACCCUGAGCAAGAAGUUUGUUGAGCUGCUUGACUUGCUGCACAAGAAUAACAAAGAGGACCAGGGUCAGGUCAUCAUUUUGUUCCAGGAUAUGCUUGAAGUAGUUACAAGGGAUAUAAUGGACGAGCAACUCAGUGGACUACUCGAAUCAGUACAUGGUGGAAAUAAUAGAAGACAUGAAGGGAUUACACCACUUGAUCAGCAAGACCAGUUAUUCACUAAAGCUAUUGAUUUUCCUGUAAAGGAAUCACAUGCAUGGACUGAAAAGAUAAAAAGGCUUCACCUUCUGCUCACAGUGAAGGAAUCUGCUAUGGAUGUUCCAACAAACCUGGAUGCUAGAAGGCGGAUUUCAUUCUUUGCUAAUUCUCUUUUCAUGGAUAUGCCAAGUGCUCCUAAAGUGCGGCACAUGUUACCCUUCUCUGUCUUGACUCCUUACUACAAAGAAGACGUGCUUUUCUCUUCCCAAGCAUUGGAAAACCAGAAUGAGGACGGGGUUUCUAUUCUUUUUUACUUGCAAAAAAUCUACCCAGAUGAAUGGACACAUUUCCUUCAAAGGGUGGAUUGCAAGACUGAAGAGGAACUCCGUGAGACUGAACAGUUGGAAGAUGAGCUUCGGCUAUGGGCAUCAUACAGGGGCCAAACUUUAACGAGAACUGUCAGAGGGAUGAUGUACUACAGACAAGCUUUGGUGCUUCAGGCUUUUCUUGAUAUGGCCAGAGAAAAUGAUCUUAUGGAAGGCUUCAGGGCAGCUGAUCUAUUAAGUGAUGAAUCACCAUUGCUGACUCAAUGCAAAGCUAUAGCUGACAUGAAGUUUACAUAUGUUGUAUCAUGCCAACAAUACGGUAUCCAGAAACGUUCUGGUGAUCAGCGUGCACAAGAUAUUCUUAGACUGAUGACAACUUAUCCAUCACUUCGGGUUGCUUACAUUGAUGAAGUUGAAGAGCCAAGCAAAGACAGAAACAAGAAGAUAGAAAAGGUUUACUACUCAGCGUUGGUGAAGGCAGCUGUAACCAAGCCUGACGAUCCUGGUCAGAAACUUGAUCAGGAUAUAUACAGGAUAAAGCUUCCUGGUAAUGCAAUGCUAGGCGAAGGAAAGCCAGAAAAUCAGAACCAUGCGAUAAUAUUUACUCGAGGUGAAGGCCUACAAACUAUAGACAUGAAUCAGGAACAUUACAUGGAGGAAACUUUGAAAAUGAGAAAUCUGCUGCAAGAGUUUCUGAAGAAACAUGAUGGUGUGAGAUAUCCAUCAAUACUUGGUGUAAGAGAGCACAUAUUCACUGGCAGUGUUUCUUCUCUUGCGUGGUUCAUGUCAAAUCAAGAGACAAGUUUUGUCACUAUUGGACAACGCGUACUUGCAAAUCCUUUGAGAGUUCGAUUUCAUUACGGACAUCCUGAUAUUUUUGAUCGACUUUUCCACCUCACGAGGGGUGGUGUAAGCAAAGCAUCUAGGAUUAUCAAUCUUAGUGAGGACAUCUUUGCUGGAUUCAAUUCAACGUUGCGUGAAGGAAAUGUUACGCAUCAUGAAUACAUGCAAGUUGGCAAGGGGAGAGAUGUGGGUCUCAAUCAAAUCUCACUUUUUGAGGCAAAAAUAGCUAAUGGUAACGGAGAACAGACACUGAGCCGUGAUGUUUACCGACUUGGACAUCGUUUUGAUUUCUUCAGAAUGUUGUCCUGCUACUACACCACUAUUGGUUUUUACUUCAGCACUAUGAUUACAGUGUGGACAGUAUAUGUAUUCCUGUAUGGGCGUCUGUAUCUUGUCCUCAGUGGUCUUGAUGAAGCCUUAAAUACUGGAAAAAGGUUUAUUCACAAUGAACCUCUCCAGGUUGCUCUUGCUUCACAGUCUUUUGUGCAGCUUGGGUUUUUGAUGGCGUUGCCUAUGAUGAUGGAGAUUGGUCUGGAGAGAGGAUUUAGAACUGCAUUGAGCGACUUUGUACUAAUGCAGCUGCAGUUGGCAUCUGUUUUCUUUACAUUCUCUCUUGGGACCAAAACUCACUACUAUGGAACAACACUGCUCCAUGGAGGUGCAGAGUAUAGAGCUACUGGGCGUGGAUUUGUGGUGUUCCAUGCCAAAUUUGCGGAGAACUAUCGAUUAUACUCGCGCAGCCAUUUUGUCAAGGGUAUUGAGUUGAUGAUUUUGCUAAUUGUGUACGAAAUCUUUGGGCAAUCAUAUCGAGGAGCUAUUGCAUACAUCUUCAUUACGUUUUCAAUGUGGUUUAUGGUGGUAACCUGGCUCUUUGCACCAUUCCUAUUUAAUCCUUCUGGGUUCGAGUGGCAAAAGAUUGUGGAUGACUGGACUGAUUGGAAUAAGUGGAUUAGCAACCGUGGGGGUAUUGGCGUACCACCAGAGAAAAGUUGGGAGUCAUGGUGGGAGAAAGAGCAGGAGCCUAUUAAAUAUUCUGGAAAACGUGGAAUUGUUCUUGAAAUAGUGCUUGCAUUGCGCUUCUUUAUCUACCAAUAUGGUCUUGUUUAUCACUUGAACAUAACGAAACACACAAAGAGUGUCCUGGUUUAUUGUCUGUCAUGGGUUGUCAUCUUUGUAAUUCUACUUGUGAUGAAGACUGUCUCGGUUGGGAGGAGGAAAUUCAGUGCGGACUUCCAACUUGUGUUCCGGUUGAUUAAAGGAUUGAUAUUUAUAACAUUUAUCUCUAUCAUUAUAAUCUUGAUAGCAAUCCCUCAUAUGACGGUCCAAGACAUGUUUGUUUGCAUUCUUGCCUUCAUGCCAACUGGGUGGGGCCUGCUGUUGGUUGCGCAAGCUAUCAAGCCAGUCAUUGUGAAUAUUGGGUUGUGGGGGUCGAUCAGGGCACUUGCGAGGGGAUAUGAGAUCAUCAUGGGGCUCCUGCUCUUCACACCCAUCGCGUUCCUUGCUUGGUUUCCGUUUGUAUCCGAGUUCCAGACAAGGAUGCUCUUCAACCAGGCCUUCAGCAGGGGUCUGCAGAUCUCGCGAAUCCUGGGUGGCCACAAGAAAGACCGUGCUGCACGGAACAAGGAGUAGUAGUGGUGGAUUUUUCGCCUGCGGCUGCCCUGCCAUAUUCAUUGGAAUUUGGACAUGUAUUCUUCUUCCCUCCUCUUCGUCAGAUCCUCCCGCCGCUGUAAGUUGUACUAGUUGUAGUAACUCUCCUGUCUGAUAGUGCUGAUGCCCUUAUUCUGCGCCCCCAGCUAGAUCUAGCUGUUGUAGAAUGUGGUGUUGUUUUGUUGUAAAGUUGGUGCUUCCGUGCUUGUCAAUGCAGAUAUAUUCUGUGUAUCUACGCUGAUUACUGGAUGAAACUCGGAAAGAGGAAGUACGAUGAGUCAUGCAAUUGUAAAGACAAACCACUUUUGCCUGAUGCUAAAUAGUAUUGAUUUCUUUCUUGUUGA